UUACAUUUUGUUUCUCUUUUUCAUAGUAUUUAUUUUUUCCGGAAUCAACUCCGUUAUCGGUAUGAUCCGUGUUUCCAUUAGUAUUGGGCACAGUAUGUGUUGUUUUUCGCAUGUGCGUUAUCGGGUAUAGUUUGGAUGUGUGUCUAAAUUAUAUAAAUAUUAUCCACUGGAUUUAACGAUUAUAUAUGAUUCUUCAGAAUGUCAGUACAAUUCAAAAAGAGUGAUCAAGAAGAAAUGAACAAAUGGCUAAGUGGGAAUAAACAAUUCACAUGUUUGUUCAGAGCAACCAGAGACGGCUGUGAUGCUACAAAAUUCCACAGCCUUUGCAAUAACAAAGGUCCAACGGUGACUAUUAUAUACAACACUAACAACUCUGUAUAUGGUGGAUAUACCUCCGUAAGUUGGGCUAAUACUGAAAAUUGGCAAACAGACGGACAGGCUUUUUUGUUUCGGCUUUAUCAAAAUGGAAAUUGGAAGCCAGUUCAACUGCCUGUUAUUGAUCCGUCACACUCUAUUUACGAUGCUUCGAGCCAAGGACCUACUUUCGGCAGCGGUCAUGAUUUCUUAGCAUUUGCAAGCACAACUAUCUGGAAUGGUACAUAUUUUCAGUCCGACGGUUAUGUAACUCCAGGAAACGCAUACUCUGCAAACGGAGAAACGUCAGAUUCUAUAACAGGUGGAAGUAAACAAUUAAAAGAGAUUGAAGUUUACUUGGUAGAAGAUAAACCUGGCAAUGCACCUCUCGAAGAACCAUGGAGAAAAACUCCUAAAUGGAAUAAAAAGUAUUUUGAAGAACUGAAGGAGAAGGUAGAAAAAUACAAACCGUUAAAGGAAUUAAAUGUUCAACAAGCACGUGUUUUGUUGGUCGGACAAGUAGGAGCUGGGAAGACAAGUUUCUUCAAUACAAUUAACUCUGUUUUCCGAGGCUAUAUAACCAGACAGGCGUGUAGCGGUAAUGCAGAGCAUAGCUUAACAACUGUGUAUCGAAUGUACCAAAUCAGAAAUAGUGCAUCAGGGAAAGCAUUGAAUUUCAGACUACAUGAUACGAGAGGACUAGAAGCUGAUCAGGGAAUGGAUGCCCAUGGAACGUGCUAUCUACUCGAUGGUAAUUUACCUGAUCGUUUCCAGUUCAAUCCAUCAGCGCCAGUUACACCUGACAUAACAGGAUUUGUUGCCACCCCACAAUUUGCUGAUAAAAUACAUUGUGUUGUGUUUGUCAUUGAUGGCAGCACAGUAGACGUUAUUCCGGAGAAGGUAAUAGAAAAGAUGAAAGGAUUUCAGAUUCACAUGAAUCAAAGAGGCAUCCCACAGAUUGUAUUACUUACGAAGAUAGACAAAGUGUGUGAGUCUACAAGUGAAGAUUUAUCACAAGUUUUCUUCAGUCCUGUCGUACAAGAAACUGUAGAUCGAGUUUCACAGAUAUUGGGACUGCCAAGAUCUAAUAUUCUGCCAAUUAAGAAUUACGAAUCAGAAAUCGAACUUCAGGAUAACGUUAACAUUUUAACGUUAUUGACCUUGCAGCAAAUACUGAAUUCGGCAGACGACUACAUGUUUAAUUAUCUUGACCAAAUUGAAGACGGGAAACUACAACAACUAAAUAUCAGAGAAUAACUUAAACUGUUUAUUCAACUGAAAGAGUUGAUUA